AUGCUGCUGCUGUUCCUGACACUUGCUCUCCUUGGAGGCUCAGCCAAUGGAGUUCAGCAAAGCCAGUCCCAAAGUAUCAUUGGAAAAGUAGAAGAGGGCACCAGUUUUUCCUUUAUUAAAGAGGGGCAGGAAAUCAAUGGAGUCCGGGUCCUAGUUGCAACAUCAGGUUACCUGAGUAGCAUCCAAAUACGGUAUGGAACUACAUGGAGUGAAAGAUAUGGUAGUACAGAAGGCUCUCCCGAGGAAGUCAUCCUGAACCCAGAUGAGUUCAUUGUCAAAGUGACUGGCAGCAAUGGCAAUACAAAGUGUCUCCAGCACCUCACCUUUGUGACUGACCAAGGCAGGAAACUUGAGUUUGGCAAAGUUGGUCCAAAUCAGUUCACAGCUUUCCCCACAGAGGACGGGAAGGCACUGUCUUCUAUCUUUGGACGAUAUGAUUCAACAUGCCUAACAGGUUUUGCAUUUGAUUGGGUGCUCAGAGUGAAGACAAAAAAAGAGAUUGUGAACAGCAAAAUUAAACAAUAG